CUUCUGUGCAAACGAGACGACAUUCGACGUCGUCAUGGAAGAGAGAGGUAUAAUAACUUGGAGAUAGGCACGGGAGUGGUUAGUUGUAUUCUGUGAUUGUCAAUCUUAUCGUCAGGAACACGUACAAAGUGAUCGGUCUCUAGUAUGGAUUUCGAAAAAGUUAGCAAGGGUCUUGCAACCGGCGAGUUUGUCCUCGUUGAUGUCCGUGGUGGGGAUGAACGUAAAGCUAAAAGGAUUCCCGGCUCCCAGCAUAUUCCACUUCCUGAAAUGGAUACUGCCAUGACAUUGGGUGGUGAAGAGUUUAAAGCUAAAUACGGAUUCGCCAAGCCCGAGAAGACCACCCAUUUGGUUGUUCAUUGUCUCAAAGGUGGGCGUGCUGCUAAGGCUGCAUCGUCAUUGAAGGCCCAGGGAUAUAAUGCCGAGCCUUAUUCCGGAAGCAUGGAAGAUUGGGUUGCUCGCAACGGACCAACUGAGUCUGGAUAAAUCAACUGCUAUUCUGGGGCAAUAAAAUAAAUCCCACUAUAUCAUA